AUGCGCCCCGACGCGCUGGCGCGCCCGCUCGACGAAGAACCGCGAGGGGGCGACCGGGUGGGGUCGGGAAGCGCGCGGACCGUGCUCGUGGGGCCGUCGAGGAGUGGGAAAACCACGCUGUUGCUCCGAGCGUGUCUUCGGUUUUGCGUGGAGAAUCCAACGAAACGGGCGCUGUUCAUCGCUCGGAGGAGUGAUUGCGAUCGCGCGCGCGUGAGUCUGAGCGCGAGGGAGCUCGAUGGCGCGCCGGCGGACGCGCUGGAGCGGGUGGGGAUGCGGUACGUCGAGAGCGACGAAGACGUCCGGGCGCUCGCGUGUUUCCGGCACUGCGCCGCGGCGAGCGAGCGACCGAGCAUGUACGCCGUGGACGAUCUCGGGAAGAUCGUGGGCGGCGGGAGCGAUAGGGUACGGAGGGAGAUCGCGUACGCGCGAACGCUGGCGGCGUUACACGAGUGCGCGAGGGAUGAGACGACUGGGGAGACGCUGGAGGUUGUGGUGAGCGAGCGGGUGGACGACGACACCGGAGGGGCGCCCAUGCGGUACGUCUACGCGAAGUGGUUCGGCGAGGUGAUGCAGAUACACGAUGUGGGCGAUGAGACGUACGAUCUCGUCGCGGCGAGCGAUGGGGAGACGGUGAGGUACUCGACAAAGAGCGGAGGCGACUAG